UUUAUAUACGACACUCACACUGACAAAAAGCAAGUAGUCUAAUCAUGCUAUUCAACGGCAAAAUGUGGGCCUUGCUUGGCUUUAUAUUACAUUCAAUCGGUUUAUAUAGCGCAGCACCAACAGAACCACAAAAUAAAAUUGAAAGGACUGGACCUGAUCAAGUUCAUUUGUCAUAUGGAAAGAACGCUGAAGAAAUGAUUGUCGUGUGGUCCACAGAAAAUAUUCCCAAGUAUUCUUCGUCUUCAUACGUAACAUAUGGUCGUAAAGCUGGUUCGUUGGAUAUGUUGGUUAAAACAACCGAAGCUGUAUUAAAGGAUGGUAAUCCGCGUGGUUUAGGCCUAAUACACAGAGCCGUAAUGAAAAAUCUCAGUCCAGGUACAAACUAUUACUACCAGGUUCACAGCGGAGGUGAAUCUAGUCCACAAUACCAGUUUGUUUCCAUGACAGAUGGCGAGGAAUCUUCCGUCAAACUUCUGGUAUUUGGUGAUAUGGGUCGACAUGGAGGUGCACCCAGUCUUAAAAGCUUGAUAAAAGAAACUAAAACUGGGGCGUACAGCGCAGCUCUUCAUGUUGGCGACUUUGCCUACGAUCUUGAUACAGAUGGCGGAGAGAAUGGAGAUGAGUUCAUGAGAAGAGUUGUACCCAUAGCAUCAACUAUACCUUACAUGACGUGUCCAGGGAAUCAUGAGAUUGCACACAACUUCAGUCAUUAUAGAUAUCGUUUCUCUAUGCCUAACACAAACUGGCCAACACCUCUGGAUGAGAUGUGGUAUAGUUUCAACUUAGGCAAAGCGCAUUUUGUCAGCUACUCGACUGAGGCAUAUUUCACCAACAAUCAGUCCUACGUAAGUACACAAAUGAAAUGGCUCAUAAAUGAUCUCCAAGAAGCGAACAAGAUUGAGAACAGAAAAAAACGACCAUGGAUUAUUGUGUUUGGUCACAGACCGAUGUAUUGUUCCAAUAUUGAUACAGAUGAUUGCACCAGAAAGCAUCCAAUUUUAAGAGGAAGUCUAGAACCAGUGUUUAUGGAAUAUGGAGUGGAUUUGAUUAUAGAAGCGCACGAGCAUUCAUACGAGAGAUCAUGGCCUGUGUAUAAAAAUGUAGUAUACCAAAAAAACUACAAUAAUCCAAAAGCUCCAGUUCAUAUUGUAUCAGGAAUGGCGGGUUGUAACGAAUUUUAUGGCAUAUGUGUUAACCCGAUGCUGGGACCACGAGGUCGGUGGUCAGCUUUUCGAUCGUGGUUCCCCGGAACGUACUCGUAUGCUCGACUCAAUAUUGCAAAUGUCACUCACCUCUCGUGGACCCAAGUAUACAGUUUAACAGGGGAUGUUGAAGAUCAAGUAUGGAUAGCACAAGAUAAACAUGGACCUUUUAAUCCUGUCUUUGCGUAACAAGUACUCCUUGAGGCUUGAACUUUGUACAAAGGAAGAAACACAAUGGAUGUAGCGUUUUUAAAUUGUUGUAAUUUCAGGGAAAUAUUAUUUUUAAGGUAUUUUUAAAACAUUUAAUUAUUUAAUCAGCACAAAGCUUUUAAAACAAAAUCACAACAGAAACAUACAAAACGUUCAGAAAAUAAAAUAUUCAGUUGAAGAUGGA